CUAAAAAGUAUAGAAGUACUGAAGAAUAUUAAUCAACCUAGCUAGGAGCCUAGGACACUCGUAGGAACAGCAGCCCUGGCAGAACAAACAUUUAGAGCAUUUUGCCGACAUGUUAUGCAUUUGCCGACAUCCUUCUUUAAUUCCUUUGAUCCUUCCUUAAAAAAAAACCAAUACAUAAGUACAGUAAAAUUAGAUUCAAUAACUGCUCUGCAAGAAUUGUAACCCAUGUGCAAGUGCAAUGAAAGAUUAACAAAUUUCACCGCAUUUUCCCAUGUAUUUGAAAAUACAUACAUGCCUGACUGAAAACUUUCACAAAAAAAGUUUUUUUUAUGCCGUUAGAAUAUGCUUUGGCUUCUCCGAAUAGUAAUAAAUUUAAUAAUUAAUGAUCCAGCGAUACAGCCGGGGCUUUCAGUUAGUUCAUAAUAUUAUUUUCAAAACUUUUACGAGAUAUUGUGUUUGAUUAUUAGACACCAAAAGCCAGCCUUUUACAUGGUGUCAGUAAGUUCCAGAUUUAAUACUUCAAAUUUUUCUACGUCCUCAUGAGGUGAUGAUUACCACCUGAUUAUUAUAAAAUAUGCUAAACGUUUUUCGUUUUGCAAAUUUGGAUUAGAGCGGAAUCUAGUACUUACGCUUCUACAACGAUCAAAACCGUUCGAAAUUUCUGAUUGGAACAUGGGAAGUCAUCCGGAUUACGAAUCGAUCCGUCGUCGACCAACACCCCUCAGGUCUCGUGGUAUACUGUCCUUGCGUCAGAGUUUUAAAAAAACUUUUGAUCCCGACACGUCCGAUGCCAGUGCGGGGUUACUGAAGCGUCAUCCCGUCAAGAAAACCAAAGCCCAUCGACAGUCCAUCUAUGAGCUGCUUCCAGCCAGCAAUAGUCACAAGUCACACUACAGCGCCGAAGAUGACUCGAGCGAUCACGAUGCGACAUCGCAUCAGGAUGAUCUAAAUGAAGCGCUCAACAACAGCCUAAGACUAUCAACAGGGAUCAUGCAGAGCAUGAGUGAUAAUUCACAGCAUGUGAUGACGUACCUGCAAAUUAACAACAAACCCCAUCCGAAUUCUCUGGGACAUGCAAUACUCGAUUAUUUGUUGAAGCAAGAUGCGCGAACAGCACUAGCGUGUACGAUGAAUACCCAGUCCGCUGGUGCAACGCGUCCAGCCUUGCCGUCAUUUGAUCUGCGCCGACUUGAGCCGUUUUCGGCUAGUAUGCACGAGUCUCUGUCGGACUUGCUGAAGUCAACGGGAAAUCUAUACAUGGAUACCGUACGCCGUCUGGAAGACCUGCAUUCUGUACGUGGACAGCAGCAGAUCGCUCUGUUCAAAACCUACGUAGCACAGCGUCUGCAGGCCGCCAAAAACCUCUUUACCUUGCAUGAGUUUGCCAAAUACUAUACUAUGGGCCAUUGCGGUAUGGAAGGCUCGGACAACGUUUCCUCGUAUUCCGAUGCAUCGAAGCCGGUUGUCGUGUCUCCUUUAGAACUGCUCCAGAGGGGCCCGGAAUUCGAAGACGACGACGAAGUAUUGCGCGACGACUUGAUCGGGAAAAUUCGUGCAUACCGGCAGGCGGUGGUUCUUCGGAAAAGCCAGGCCAUUCAGCGACCGGCCGAUACUGAACGGUUGUUCCCGUGUGUGAUACAGCGGAAGGCGGCAAUGGCUUUAAUGAUCGCAUCCGUAGAGCUCCAGGAUCAUAACAUCGACUUCGAUAUAACAUCCAUCGCAGAUGUGGCCAAAAAGUAUGACCAGCUGCAUAAACGCCGUACCGCCUCGGCGGCACCGUUAGCGGACCGACGUCCGUCAAAAGGUGUGCAAGUACGCAAAAAUCGUUCAUGGCCAACGAAAGCCGAAGGUAAACUAUCGCACCAUGAUAAUCGUUGGUCGGUUAAUAAAAUUCGCGACGCCGAAAGCGAGCGGAUGGAAUGGAAAAGAAUGUUGUGUUCAAAUACCGAGUCAACAGUGGAAGCCGAUGAAGGUCGAGCGGACGUGUGUAGUAAUCUUUUUAAACAUGUGGCGACAUCAUUUGAUUAAAUUACUUAGCUUACAAAAUUAUUUGUAUUCACGUAGAACGAAUAUCAUUUUGACUAAAAUUCUCGCUGACCAGAAAUCAGAUUUUGAAUAUUGGCUAUUAUAAAAUCUGGCUUUGAUUUGUGGGCACCAGCAAAAACAACGUGCUAGAAAAAAUGGUGAUGAUUAUAAAAAAUAAGAUAAACAGCAAUUUAUCGACGACGUAGGCUAAAUUUUUCCAUUCCUGUGUUACUUCAUCCAGGUGGAUUUCUUUUUGGACAUGUUGCUCGUUGGCUUCUAUCAGUUCGCACACAUGGUUCAACAUUCUUUGUAUGCG